AUGUCGACUACAGUGGAUAAGAUCAAGGAGAUCGAGGCCGAAAUGGCCAAGACUCAGAAGAACAAGGCGACGUCUUUCCAUCUUGGACAACUAAAGGCGAAGCUCGCUAAACUGAAGAGGGAGCUUCUUGAGCCCUCGAGUGGCGGUGGCGGUGGUGGUGUCGGAUUCGAUGUUGCCAGGACUGGUGUUGCCAGUGUCGGCUUCAUUGGAUUUCCCUCGGUGGGCAAGAGUACGCUCAUGAGCAGAUUGACAGGACAACACUCGGAAGCGGCCGCUUACGAAUUCACUACGCUCACUACUGUGCCUGGUCAAGUCAUGUACAACGGAGCGAAAAUCCAAAUUCUCGAUCUUCCCGGUAUCAUUCAGGGAGCGAAAGACGGUAAAGGUCGUGGACGACAGGUUAUUGCCGUGGCAAAGACAUGCCAUUUGAUCUUCAUUGUUCUGGACGUCAACAAGCCUCUCACGGAUAAGCGGGUGAUUGAGAACGAAUUGGAGGGCUUCGGGAUCCGUAUCAACAAGAGUCCACCAAACAUUGUGCUGAAGAAGAAGGACAAGGGUGGUAUUAAUAUCACCGCCACGGUUCCACUUACACAUAUUGAUCACGGGGAGAUCAAGGCUGUGCUAAACGAAUAUCGAAUGGCAAACGCGGAUGUGGCCAUUCGAUGCGACGCGACGGUGGAUGACCUGAUUGACGUUAUCGAAGCGAAGAGUCGAAGCUACAUCCCGGUCAUUUACGCGCUCAAUAAGAUUGAUGCGAUUAGCAUUGAGGAGCUCGACUUGCUGUACCGAAUCCCGAAUGCCUGUCCUAUUAGCUCGGAGCACGGGUGGAACAUUGACGAGCUGCUGGAGCAAAUGUGGGAGAAGCUGAAUCUGGUUCGCGUCUACACCAAGCCCAAGGGUAAAAUGCCCGACUACUCUGCACCAGUGGUAUUGCGAUCAACGGCAUGCACUAUUGAGGAUUUUUGUAACUCGAUCCACAAGACGAUUGUGGACAACUUCAAGCAUGCGAUUGUGUACGGAAAAUCUUGCAAGCAUCAGCCCCAGCGCGUGGGACUGUCACAUGAGCUUGCCGACGAGGAUAUUGUUACAAUUGUCAAACGAUAG